AUGUAACGGGAAAAAAAAAGGACAUAAACGAUGCAGGAAGCCCCUCUCUCUCUCCUGUUCCUCCUCUGCAUGCGCUCCUUCCUCUUCGCGCACAUCCCCCUCCCUCUCUCUCUCUCUCUCUCCUCUGCAUCCGCGCGCAUUGCUCGAUCGGCGAGAGGGGAAUCAAUCCUGAAGUGAGGGAGGGGAGGAGGUGGUGGUGGUGGGGAAGGAAUUAAUCGAUCGAUCGAGGAUGCAGCAGCAGAUGGCGGCGACGGUGGAGGAGCAGAUGAUGGUGAAGGCGAUCAGGGAGGAGCUCCCAUGGGAGAGCCUCCCCAAGCGCAUCCAGGCCGCCCUCGUCUCCAAGGACGACUGGCACCGCAGGAUUGUAGAUUAUUGCAUACGAAAACGAUUGCCAUGGACCUCCUGUUUCGCGCGCAAAAUUUGCAAAGAGGGAGAAUACUAUGAGGAGUUGAUGCGCUAUCUCCGCAGGAACCUUGCAUUAUACCCGUACCAUCUUGCAGACCACAUCUGUCGAGUAAUGAGGAUAUCACCUUUCAAAUAUUACUGUGAUGUGCUUUUUGAAGCUAUGAAGAAUGAGCAACCAUAUGACAGUAUUCCAAACUUCAGUGCUGCUGAUUCCCUGAGGAUCACAGGUGUUGGGAGAAAUGAAUUUAUCGAUAUUAUGAACAAGUGUAGAUCAAAGAAGAUAAUGUGGAAGCUGAGCAAAUCAAUUGCGAAAGAGCUGCUGCCAGCACUCCCUGCGGACCUAGCAAUAGAACCAUGGUGGGGAGUUCGGUUUGUCAACUUCACAUUGGAAGAGUUUAAGAGGCUUUCAGAAGCAGAGGCAUCAGCAAUAGAUAAAAUAUCAAAGGACGAAGAUAAUUCCUAUGUUCUAUUUGAUCCGAAGGUUAUAAAUGGUCUUUACAAGAGAGGAAUGGUAUACUUCGAUGUGGCUGUUUAUCCUGAGGACCGUUUCAGAGUAUCAAGGCUUGAAGGUUUUGUGUCAAAUAAGGAUCAGUCUUACGAAGAUCCAAUUGAAGAACUACUAUAUGCUGUAUUUGUUGUAUCAAGUGAAAAUGCUACAGUUGCUGAAUUGGCUAAAACGUUGCAGGCUGACCUGUAUCAGCUUCAGGCAGCUGCAUCAUUUGCUUGUCGACUGGGUUGGGCUGUAAAGCUUAUGGAUGCAGACUCCAUUCUUAGAGAUUCAAAUGGAUCUACAAUACCUAGUAAUAUUCUUAGUGAUGAUGACGAAGGUUCACUUACGAGUAUCAACUCAGAAAGGUCAGGUCAUGCAUUGCUCACCAGUGAUUCCGAUGGACCCAGGAGAAUAUCUGGGGCUUCUUAUGUGGGUUUCAUUGUUGAUGCCAAUGUAACUUCGUACUUGAUGAUGGGUUCAUUAUCUCCAGGUCUGAAGUCUCAUGCUGUGACACUAUACGAGGCCGGAAAGCUUGGUGAUUCUUGCAUUGCUGAUCUAUGCAAGGACCUUGCUAGUUUAGAAGGAAAGAGGUUUGAAGGUGUGCUCCAGGAAUUUGCAAAUCAUGCUUUUAGCCUCAGAUGCUUCCUUGAGUGUUUGCUGUCUGGAGGGACAUCACCAGAUGAAGCUAUUGAACCGAACAGCCAGGAAUUCUGCCUGCAGGAGAAUUUCUCCAAAACUUUAUCCAAGGAAAGCAUUGAUGAGGGCAUUAGUAAUGUUGUUAAGAGUAAUGGAGGUUCACUUGAAACCGUCGACACUGCAGAUACUGAUCAUCAUAAUGAACUGUCACAAGCAGACCACCCAAUGGUUGACUCAGAUGUUGCAGAUGCGAGUACAUCAUCACCCUCAAGUAUUGUCUCUGAAAGUAAGGAAAGCACAGACAAAAAUGAUUCUGAUACGAGCAAAACCCCUCUACCAGAUGGAUCAACUGACAGUAGUUCCUUGUCGAAAACUAAAAGAAGUUACCGGAUCAAUAUUCUUCGCUGCGAGAGCUUGGCUUCACUGUCCGCAACAACACUUGAAAGAUUACUUGUCAGGGACUAUGACAUUAUGGUGUCUAUGAUUCCUCUUCCAUAUUCAUCAGUACUUCUACCCAGCACUGCCGGCCUAGUACAUUUUGGUCCACCUUCUUACUCUUCCAUGACACCUUGGAUGAAGCUUGCACUGUAUACAUCUGGGAGUUGUGGCCCAGUAUCUGCUGUGUUUAUGAAAGGACACCGUUUGAGGAUGCUGCCUGAACCAUUAGCCAGCUGCGAAAAGGCGUUGAUAUGGUCUUGGGAUCAAUCUGUGGUGGGUGGAUUAGGAGGAAAGUUCGAAGGGAAUUUAGUAAAGGGAAGCCUUCUGCUGCAUUACCUGAACUCAAUGACAAAGCAUUCUGCUGUUAUAGUGCAGCCAUUGAGCUUAAAUGAUCUUGAUGAAACUGGAAACCUUGUCACCGUUGAUGUCCCGUUACCCCUGAAAAAUGCUGAUGGGUCAAUUGCAUCCACAGUAGCCAGCAUGGAUUUACCUGAGGAGAAAAUAUUAAAUUUGUCUUCGCUAUUAUAUAAUCUGUCCAGUAGAGUCGAGUUGGGCACAGUUGGUUAUCUUAGUUUAGUUAGGCUUCACAGGAUAAGCAAAUCCAAUGAAAUUUUCUCAAAGGAUGAAAAUUAUGAGUGGAUACCUUUGAGCCUGGAAUUUGGAAUUCCACUGUUCAAUCCAAAGUUAUGUGAAAAAAUAUGCGAAAGGGUCAUCGAGUCACACAUGCUUCAAAAAGAUGACCUCACUGAACAUUACGAGGCAAUGCAGAAUGUGAGAAAGAGGCUGAGAGAACUUUGUGCUGAGUACCAAGCAACUGGUCCAACAGCAAGGCUAUUCAAUCAAAGGGGCAGUUCAAAGAACUCGCCGCGCCAACUAAUCAACAUUGUCAGUGGCAGAUGGAGUCCAUUUCAUGACACAGUGGCGCCAACCACUGGAGGAUCCCCCCGUGAGAAUGACAGACUGAAAGUUGCAAGACGGCAGAAAUGCUUCACUGAAGUUCUAAGCUUCGACGGGAGCAUCCUCAGGUCAUACGCUCUCGCCCCUGUGUAUGAAGCUGCCACAAGAUCUGUCACUGAGGACCAACCCACCACACCUGUAGCAAAACCAGAACCGGAUGAUGCAGACACCAAAGAUGUGGUCUUACCUGGAGUCAAUCUUAUAUUUGAUGGAGCUGAGAUUCACCCUUUUGACAUCGGCGCCUGCCUCCAAGCUCGUCAGCCUCUCUCGUUGAUAGCUGAGGCGUCAGCGGCAUCAUUGGCCAUGAAAUGAGAGAUCCAUCCCUGGCUGCAACUUUGUCUUGUUCAUAUGUUUAUUUAUACAGAAUUGGGUCUUGGAUAGGACGCUUCUCAAAAGCAGGCAGUUUUUAAAGCUUGAUGGGAAGAUUUUGUCAUGCCAAAGUGGUUUUUUUUUUCUCCUCCAAACAAGAAGUUUUCUGGAUUAUUUGUGAUGAAUGCCAGACUAAUGUUUGGAGGGAUCACUUUAGAUGUUUUUCUGUACUUAAUUUUCCAACGUAGGAUCCUAAUUAACUGUAUAGUUCAUGGUAACAGGAAUUGUGCACAUUAUCAUUUGAUAUUGGUACGAUAGAAUACAGAUAUAAUUUGCACAAAAAAGCAAUCAUGUAUGGUCAAUAUGUAAUUCUUGAAA